AUGGCAAGCUUCUUUGCAUUGAAGAACGUCACUGCACUUUCAGAUCUGCAUCCAAAUAUGGCUAAUCUGAAAAUAAUCGGAAUAGUUAUUGGGAAAACAGAUGUCAAAGGCUUUCCAGACAGAAAAAAUAUUGGAUCAGAAAGAUACACCUUCAGUUUCACCAUUCGUGAUUCACCAAAUCAUUUUGUGAAUGUGUCUGCCUGGGGCAGUGAAGAUUAUAUCAGGUCACUGUCAGAGAGCUUUAAGGUUGGUGAGUGUGUGAUAAUUGAAAAUCCCUUGAUCCAAAGAAAAGAGACAGAAAGAGAAGAGAAGUUCAGCCCUGCAACUCCUAGCAACUGUAAACUUUUGCUCAGUGAGAAUCACUCCAUGGUAAAAGUUUGUUCUCCUUAUGAAGUGGAUACCAAGUUAUUUUCUUUGAUACACUUGCCUGUUAAAGAAUCUCGAGAUUAUUACUCAUUGGCUGACAUUGUUGCAAAUGGACAUAGUCUUGAUGGGAGGAUUAUUAAUGUGCUUGCAGCUGUGAGAUCGGUUGGAGAGCCAAAAUACUUUAUAACUUCAGACCGAAGAAAAGGCCAGAGGUGUGAAGUCAAACUCUUCGAUGAGACAGAGCCUUCUUUCACAAUGACAUGUUGGGAUAAUGAAUCCAUUAUACUUGCACAGAGCUGGAUGCCACAAGAAACAGUAAUAUUUGCCUCAGAUGUAAGAAUAAAUUUUAACAAAUUUCAGAACUGCAUGGCAGCAACAGUAAUCUCAAAAACCAUUAUCACAACUAAUCCAGAUACACCAGAAGCCAAUAUUCUACUGAAUUAUAUAAGAGAAAAUAAAGAGACAAAUGUGGCUGAUGAAAUUGACAGUUAUUUCAAAGAAUCCAUAAACUUAAACACAAUAGUUGAUGUCUAUACAGUGGAACAAUUAAAAAUAAAAGCUUUGAAAAGUGAAGGAAAAGUUGAUCCUUUCUAUGGCAUCCUUUAUGCUUAUAUUUCUAUGCUGAACAUUGAUGAUGAAACUACCAAAGUAGUUAGAAAUAAAUGUUUCAGCUGUGGUUACACUGUAAAUGAAGCCUCCAGUACUUGCACAGUUUGCAACAAAGGUUCUUCCCAAUUUAAGUCUUUUUCCCUCAGUUUUGAUGUGCUGGUCGACCUUACUGACCACACAGGGACACUCCACUCCUGUGGUCUCACUGGAAGUGUUGCUGAGGAGACUUUGGGCUGUACGACAAAUGAGUUUCUUGCAAUGACGAGUGAGCAGAAAACAAAACUGAAGUGGCAGUUUCUUUUGGAAAGAAGCAAAAUUUAUUUAAAACUGAUUUUAUCACACAGAGCAAGGGGUGGACUGAAAGUUAGCAUACUCUCCUGUAAGCUUGCAGAUCCUAUCGAGGCAAGCAGGAACCUUGCUGGAAAAGGACACACUUAAAGCCAG